AUGCUAAAAGCAAAACACUGCCGUUCAUGCAAUCUUUGUAGACGAGAUUUUGAUCAUCACUGCUUUUUCUUAAAUAACUGCGUUACAAGUGAUAACUACAACUAUUUCCUAUUCGGAAUCAUCUUCCUUUACCUUGCAUCCCUUGUAGAAUCAGCUUUAUCCAUUUACGUAAUCAUGGGAAUGGCAAUGAAACAAGAAAACGGCGAGAGAUCGAUGUUAGCUAACGCUGAAUCAUUCUACGGUGCUAAGAACCAUAUACCAGCUGCUGUAUGGUACGUUUUCCAUGGACUUCUUCUAUUUAUGCUCCUUGGCAUUGAAUAUUUCAUUACUUUCUUACUCGGAUUGCACAGUUGCUUAAUUAGGAAGAACAUCACAACAUUCGAUGUCAUCCAAUACAGAAGAAUGCUUGAAGCAAACAAAAAAGCUCAACAAGAGGCCCAAAACAGAAAACCAGCGCCAAAAAUUACAAUUAUUCCAAACAAACCAACGUUUGCACCACCUCCACCACCUCCAGCUCCUCCAAAACCACAGCAAGAGCCAGAGCAGCCUCAAUUACCAGAAAAAGAAACUCCAAAACCAGAAAACGCCAAAGAAGAGUCAUCAUCAUCUUCUUCAUCUAGUUCAAGUACUAAAGGAAAGUCCGAAUCAGCUGUCGAAGUUCCAAAAGAAGAAGAAAAAGAAAAAUCAGUUUCUUAUUCAUACUCAAAAUCUUCUUCUCCAAAGAAACCUGAACCACAACCAGAACCAAAGAAAGAGGAAGAAAAGGAACCAUCUGUUUCUUAUUCUUAUUCUUAUUCUUAUUCUUAUUCGAAAUCUUCUUCAAAGAAACCAGAACCAAAGAAAGAAGAGAAAUCUGUAUCCGAAUCGAAACCAUCACAUUCAGAAGAACGAGUAAUUCCUCUUCCAGAACCAAAAGAAGAAGAAAAAUCUGUUUCAUAUUCUUAUUCCAAACCAUCUUCAUCAUCUUCAAAGAAACCUGAACCAGAACCGAAGAAAGAAGAUGAGCCAAAGGAGGAAAAGUCGGUUUCUUAUUCUUAUUCCAAACCAUCUUCUUCAUCUUCGUCUUCUUCAAAGAAACCAGAGCCAGAACCAAAGAAAGAAGAACCUAAAGAAGAGAAAUCUGAUUCCGAUAAGAAGAAACAUGAAGAGAAACACAAGGAUGAAUCAGAUUUCGAAUCAUACAGUUUUUACUCUGGCGAAGGAAGCUUUUCUUACUAUACUUACUAUACUUACUCCGAUGGGGAAGAAAAGAAAUAA